AUGAAGGUUGUUCUUGUGAGCGGCGGAGUCAUUUCCGGUGUCGGUAAAGCCAGCAGUGCUGGUCUUCUUCUCAAGACUCUUGGUCUUCGAGUUACAACCGAUCCCUACAUCAACACCGAUGCUGGCCUUCUGAACCCUCUCGAGCACGGCGAGUGCUUCGUUCUCGAUGACGGCGGCGAGACCGAUCUCGAUCUUGGAAACUACGAACGAUAUCUCGGCAUCCAAUUGAGCCGUGACAGCAACAUCACUACCGGCAAGAUCUACAAGCAGGUCAUUGUACGAACCACACGAUCCCUCGGAAUACGAUUGGCGACUAAUAUAAACGUUUCAGGAGAAAGAGCGACGAGGAGACUAUUUGGGAAAGAGUACAAUACACAACAAAUGAGCGAUAAUACAGCGAAACUAACGCCAUUAAAGGUCGUUCCUCACAUCACAGACGCCAUUCAGGAUUGGAUUGAGCGCGUCGCCAAGAUUCCCGUAGAUGCUUCAGGAGAAGCACCCGACGUUUGCAUCAUUGAGCUGGGUGGCACAAUUGGUGAUCUCGAGUCUGGCCCCUUCGUUGAGGCCCUUUCUCAACUGCGACACCGACUUGGUCGCGACAACUUCCUGAGCAUCAGCGUUUCUUAUGUCCCUAUUAUCAAUGGAGAGGAGAAGACAAAGCCCACUCAGCAUGCCAUUCGACAAGUGCGAAGUGCCGGUCUGAUCCCCGAUGUCAUUGCCUGCCGAUGCGAGCGAGAGCUGGAUCAAGCUACCAUCACAAAGAUUGCCCGAAGCUGCCAAGUCGAGGACGAGCAGGUCAUUGGCGUGCGCAACAUGGACACCAUCUACCAGGUUCCCCUUCUACUCGAACAGGAGGGUCUCCUCAAGCUCCUGCAAAAGGGUUUGGCUCUGGAUAAGUGCCAGGUCACCCCUCCUAUGGCUCAAAAGGGUCAGGCUCUCUGGGAUCUCUGGAAGAAGACUGUCGUCCCCGACCGACACCUCGAACCCGUCAACAUUAUCUUGGUCGGCAAGUACGUCAGCCUUGACGAUUCAUACCUCAGUGUCCACAAGGCCCUCGAGCACUCCGCUAUGCGAUGCAACCGAAAAUUGAACCUCGUUUCUGUCGACUCUGAGCACCUCGAGCCCGAGAUGCAGGAGAAGGACCCCCGCAAGUUCCACGAAGCUUGGGCACACGUUGUUCGCGCCCAAGGUAUCAUUGUUCCUGGUGGCUUUGGUACCAGAGGUAUUCAGGGUAUGGUUGAUGUUGCCAAGUGGGCUCGUGAGCGCAAGCUGCCCUACCUUGGUAUCUGCCUGGGUAUGCAAACUGCAGUCAUUGAGUAUGCCCGCAACGUCAUGGGUCUCAAGGGCGCCACCUCGGAAGAGUUUUCUGCCACCGCUGAGCACCGCGUUGUCAUCUUCAUGCCUGAGGGUUCCAAGGAGCAAAUGGGUGGUACCAUGCGACUUGGUAGCCGUACGUCUCACUUCAAGCCCGGCACCGAGUGGAGCAAGCUCCGAGGCUUGUACGGAGGAGUUGAUGUGGUGGAGGAGCGUCACCGACAUCGCUAUGAGGUCAACCCCGACUACAUCGAGGAUCUCGAGAAGGCUGGCCUCUCUUUGACCUCUAUGGAUGACCAAGGUGUCCGAGUUGAGACUAUUGAGCUGAAGGACCAUCCCUUCUUCGUUGGUCUUCAGGCUCACCCUGAGUACAAGUCCAAGACUUUGGCGCCCGCCCCUUCGCUGCUCGGUCUCGUCGCCGCCAGCUCCGGAUGUCUCGAUGAGAUAAUUGAGGCCGCCCACAAGAAGCAGAGCUCCUCCAACGGAGUCAGCGAUGUCACCAACUUUUAG